AACCGUUCCACAGAGACUCAGGAUCAAAGGGGAGCGCAUAUUUUGAGCGGGCGCUGCGUGGUGAGCUUCUUUCUCUCAUUCAGCAGCAAGUUACUGGUACGAGACUUUGGCUCUUUGCCAAUCGUUCAUUCCGUUGGCAUCACACGCAAGGGCGGAGUGAGCUAAGGGUUGUUCUGAGGUUCAGCUGCUGACAUGACAAAGCUGUGACGGUGAACAAGAUCCAAUUUGUGCGACAUGGCUGCUGCUAAGAAGAGUUGUGCAAAGGCUGAAGGCGUGCACUUCACAGAGAAACCACCCUCUGCCGGAGCCGCUUCCCACGUUCAUUUUGAUGAAAAGCUUCAUGAGUCUGUCGUUAUGGUGACUCAGGAGGCGGUCGGCAAAUUCAUGGUCAAGGUUGGCUUCCUGAAGACGCAGCAUCGUUAUGAAAUAGUGUUCACCCUGCCGGAGGUCCCGGGUCUGGAGAAAGACGUGCGUGCAGCUCCAAUACCCAGUCCACACCUCCGGCUCAACAGCAUCAGGCCGGCUCCGGGGGGAGGCCUAGAGAUCACCUGUGAGUACCUGGCGCUGCAGGAGGGAGUCAUGUGUGAGGAGGUGAAGCUGCUGAGCGAAACCAAUGACCAGGUUUCUGUCAGAGUCACCGUUCACGCUCGAGUCAUGGACCGCCACCACGGCACUCCCAUGCUGCUGAAUGGAGUUCGCUGCAUUGGCAUGGAGCUGGAAUACGACUCCGAGCAGAGCGACUGGCAAGGAUUCGACUAGAUCCCAUACUUCCUUACAGCUUUAGGAAACAUCUAUUGAAGGAAAAAAAUGCAUCCACUCUGGUUUACUGCAGCGCUUCAGUUCUAGUGAUUCUGGCCGUGGUGCUUAUCAGCAGAAAUAGAAACCGUCUCCAUCCAGAGAGCUUUUCUACAGGAAACAUUCCUCUGCUGCAGCGAUAUAAUAUACCUUGUCACUGUUGUCCGGUCUCUGUUCUAAUCUGUGUUUUCCUGACUGAGCCUCUAGAGGGCAGCAUCUCUCUGUUAAUCAGCUCAGACCCACAUCUUUCUUCAACAUGAAGUUGGGCUGUUUGAUGGAAAAAAUUAAGCUUCAUAUUAGUCUAAAGAACGAUUCUGCACACUUCAGGGGAAUGAAGUAGCAACACUGAUCGUGUUUUGCUUCUGUUUAACCAAUGAAGACUCAUCUGUGUGUGAUACUGCUCCAAUCUGACUGCAUCAUGUGACCUGGACUCCCUAAACUAGUCUGUAAUUUUAGUGUUUUAUCAGUAAAUUAGUUCUAUAAGAUGAUAUUUGUGUACUCAGCUGUAUUAUUUCUCAUAAAAAUAGAAAUACCAUACAAUCAAAUAUAACAAAGUGUUGCACCACUACUUGGACAAUGUUUUUUUUUUAAUUAAUGGUUAAAAAACAUCCACUGCUUCUGUUUAGCUGUGAUAAUUCCUGUUGUUUUUUGGUUAUUUAGAUUAGCAUUUUCCCACCUGAUCUUGUGUUUUUCUGUUUUGAUCACACUCUUAAAGAAAGGAAAUGUUGAAUUUACUCAACCAAGUUAUGUCAACUGGUUUCACUAAACCUAGUUAUCUAAAUGUAUGGAGUAAUAUACAUUUAACAUAUAGCAAUGCAUAUUAUUCUUUACAUUAAAGUAACUAAGUACCACUUGAUGAAACUUAGGUAAAUUCAACAUUCCCUUUUAUAGAGUGCACUCAAAAUUGCAUUUAAUUCUUUCACAAUGACAACAAUUUUCUUUUCUUUUCUAGAGCUUCCUCUAGCAACCCUCUAAAUGACACAAGUGCCUUCCAUCCCAUCCGGUUCCUUUUAUUCAUGACAAUACUCUGUUUUAACCCCCACAAGGGAUUUUUGGUCAGUCUGCAUUUAUGAAAGGGUUAAUCAAACAUGUUUGAGUCAAAAGGAGUUUCAAUUUGAAGCUUUCAAUUAUUAAACUUCCAUCUUUAACAUGUCAUUAACCAUGUGCCAAUUAUAUCAUUUCAUCGUGUACUCCUUAUGUGUCAGAUGUUUUUUAUUGUAGUUUUCUGAAUGUAGCCAGCCUCGUUUCCAACACCGAGCUAGUUGAUGGUGCAGAACAGCAGAUUUAUUCAAUGUUUUUCCUGUUUUUAGCAUCAAAAUGAGACGCUUGAUAGUUUUUCUUGAAUUUAGUCAUUUUUGAUCUGACCUGCUCCCCCUGGAUGUCAUUUGUACUUUUAUGUAAAAAAAAAAAAAAAAGUAAAUAAACUAGUGCGUUGAAUUGA